CCUUAGUGGGAGUAUCUCUCUAAUGAUAAAAGGAAAUGCAAUAGCGCUGUCGUUACAGUGAGUGAUCAUCAUGUCUUCUAAAGAUGUCCCCAAAUACGUUCAAGAAAACUAUAAUGUUGUGGCAGAAAUAGCUAAGGGCAAGUUUGGUGUAGUCUAUCGCUGCACUGAGAAAGCUACCAACAGCUUCGUAGCUAUAAAAGUGAUGAAAGGAAGGCACAACAAGAAAGAUGACGUCGAGAGAGAAGUUGCCAUAAUGAGACAGUUAAGCCAUCCGAACAUCUUACAGUUUAUCGACUACGUUCCUGACAAAACGAGCUAUAUCCUAGUCACUGAGCUUUUAAAUGGAGGAGAACUGUUUGACUAUUGUGUGACAAAGGACUAUGUUGAAGAGGCUGAGGCUGUAUUCUUUAUGAAACAGAUAUUGUCCGGGCUAGAGUACAUGCAUAAAAGGGACAUAUGCCACUUGGACCUAAAGCCUGAGAAUAUAGUGCUGAAAGAUGAAUCAGCAAAGGAAUUAAAGAUCAUUGACUUUGGUACUUGUCAACAUUUGACUAAAGAUAAAGCAGUAAAAGCAUUAGCUGGAACGCCUGAAUUCGUCGCCCCUGAAGUGCUGAAUUAUGACCCUGUCACUUGUGCUGCUGAUAUGUGGGCAAUUGGCGUCAUUGCAUUUUGCUUAUUGACAGGUUGUUCUCCAUUUUUGGGUGAUAAUGAUGCAGAGACUAUUCAAAAUGUCACCGAAGGAGAGUUUGAAUUCCCAGAAUCAGAUCCAGAGGAAGGGUAUGAUGAUAUAACAGAUGCUGCCAAGGAUUUCAUAUCAAGUUUACUCAUCAGUGACCCAAGGAAACGUUUGACAAGCAUUGAUGCACAGGAACAUAAAUGGAUUAAUGGAUCUACAAGUCAAGCUGCAAGAAUUAAUACUGAGAGGCUGAAGAAGCUCCGCAGGAGAAGGAAAUUACUCGCUGCUAUUCAAGCUGUGAGAUUAAGUGUGGGUCUACUAAGAAGUUUUACUCGGCAUGGAUCUGUGUCAGUUGAGCCUGCACCUGAUCGAAGAAUGACUGAGCCCUCUAUCCGAUUAUCGACCCCACCAUCAUCUGCACCAGCUACAAACCCCGGGUCUUUUAUGGCUAACGGAUCAGCAUCUUAUAAACUACAUGUGUCUUAAAUACAUUAUCAUCAAUGUGAUUGCAUUCUGUCUCUGUUUAACUAAUACAAACAAUGAUGUUCAGUGUUACCAAGAGUACAUUACUUUUGGUGUUACCUUUUUAA